AUGGCUACCAUCACUCGUCAACCUUUCGCUCCCCUCGACGGGGCUCGUCUGCAGACUUUGACGAGUCUCAAGAACAGACAGAAUGCAACGUCGACUUCCUCUGCUGUUAAGCGUAAGGCAGCUGACAGCGUGGAGACGGACGACUUCGAGAAUGUCGACCCUCUGCAGUUUUCUAAGCGAUCAAAGGGCUCCGACAGCUUCUAUCCCACCAAGGACUCCUUCAUUAAGCCAUCAACCUUCCUCCUCACCAAGUCUGCCAGCACCAGCGAUGUGUUCAUCACCAGCACCCCCAAGGCCGCAUCCCAGCGGCCUCGCUCACUCCUGAAUCCGAAGUCGCCAGCUGCGAAGCUCAACACCAGCAUCGCCCGGUCUUCCCCUCUCUCUGCACCUGCAGGUCGAUCCCCCACCCGCGGCAAGCGAUCUGGCAUCCUCUCCUCCCGGCGGCGGACCGCAGGCUCCUACUCUCGAGUCGACCCACCCGCCUUCGGACUGUCCUCGAAAUCGUCGCCCGCUCCCUUCUCCCUCGACACCGCCCUUAAGGGCACGAUCCCGAGCUACGCCAGCCGCAGCAACGGUGCCCUGGUACAGAAGAAAGCAACUUCUACAUCCGCCUCGUCUCUGGACUUGAGCGCCCUGCAUGAGCCCGAGAUAAAGUCAUCCUGGGACUUCGAGAUUCACGAGGACACCCAGGAGCAGGAGAUGACCAACCUGCUGCAGCACAGCACCUGCGUCCUAGAUAUCAGCUCGGACGAGGAGAGCGAGAGCCGGCGGCAGCGCGAACGUGUUGAAGGCAAAGAGAAUAUGCCCCCGGCGGACGAUGUGUCUCAGACGUCCCGACCCCGGGCUGCGAGAUUUGCUGCUCACGUCGAUGAUAUGGUCAUUGAGAAAGAGCGCAAUCCUCUUGGUGAGAUGGAUGUCAAGGAGUACUACUCGGAAGGAUGCGACGAGAACUCUAUCAUCAUCGUACCUGGUGACGAGGACGUCGAGGAGUCGCAGCCGCAAGUACAGCCGCAGUCGCAGCCGCAGUCGCAGCCUCAGUCUCUUGUGAAGAACGACUUCGAGUUCGCCCCUGAGCUUAAGCCAGUUGAAUGUGCACCUCCUGCUCUGACUCCUUCUGUGGAGGAGAACGCUAAGAGCAUCGAGGAGUUGAUGGAGAAGUCGGACGAGCCCGCGCCUGGUGCCGCGCUGCUCGAGCCGAUGGAGGGAACGGGAGACAGCUUCGAGGUCUGGGAGAGCGGAAGCGCGAAAGAUGAGACGGAGCCGGCCGUGGCGUGCUGA